UAUCGAUUUUCGAGUGGUGACCGUUCGCUUAAAGUUGGCGGAUUUGUCGGGUUUAGUUCUCGUUGUCGUGUUGUUUGUGUAAAAUCAUUUGAAUGGGAUUAUUUUGCAAAACAUUCUUUUAGUGGUGUGAGACUCAAGUCGGAUCAAAAUGACCAAGGAUAGAUUAGCGGCCCUCGUUGCGGCUCAAAGUGACGAUGAUGACGUGGGGACGGACGACGUCGCCGUCACCGUCGAAGGCCGCGAUGGGGAAUUUAUGAACCAGUUCUUUCAGGAGGUGGAGGAUAUUCGUGAGAUGAUCGACAAGAUCCAGGCGAAUGUCGAAGAAGUCAAGAAGAAACACAGUUCGAUUUUAUCAGCGCCGCAGAGCGAUGAUAAGACCAAACAGGAACUUGAGGACCUUAUGAGCGAUAUAAAGAAAUCUGCCAAUAAAGUGCGCGCCAAGUUAAAGGUGAUAGAACAGGGCAUAGACAAUGAGGAAACGAACAACAAGAAUUCCGCGGAUCUCAGGAUACGAAAAAUCCAACAAUCGACCCUAUCCAGGAAAUUUGUGGAGGUGAUGACGGAAUACAACCGGACUCAAACCGACUAUCGAGAAAGGUGUAAAGCCCGGAUAAUGAGGCAGUUGGAAAUCACUGGCCGAACAACCACCAAUGAAGAACUAGAGGAAAUGUUAGAGCAGGAUAAUUCCGCUGUCUUUACUCAAGGUAUCAUAAUGGAAACGCAACAAGCCAAGCAGACCUUAGCGGAUAUAGAAGCCCGACACGCCGAUAUUAUUAAAUUAGAGAACUCAAUUAGGGAGCUCCAUGACAUGUUCAUGGACAUGGCCAUGCUGGUUGAGAAUCAGGGGGAAAUGAUUGAUCGUAUUGAGUUCCAUGUAGAACAUGCCGUGGACUAUGUCCAAACGGCUACUCAAGAUACCAAAAAGGCUCUGCGGUAUCAGAGUCGUGCCCGACGGAAGAAAAUAAUGAUCACGAUAUGCCUGGCCAUCUUGGCCAUUAUAUUAACAUGUACCAUUGGAGGCUAUAUGGGACUAGUCUAAAUGUUAUUGGUAAGUAUUCGAGGCCGAAAUGUGUGUGAUUUAGGUGUAAACUCUACUCUGUCCUCCCACUAUAAUUCAGAACAAACACUCAAAUUAACGUCCCAGUGACUUGUUGCGUCCAACAAGUGGACUAGGAAUUUGUGUAAGAUUUCUUGCGUUCACACUGCUAAUAGGGCUUAAGAAUGCACAGUUUUGCAUCUUGUAGUUGAUUUUAUCAGAAACCUGUAGUGACUUUCAACAGAUCUUUUUCGGGUGAAGCUGUGAAGGUAAUGAGUUUGAGCCUCGUUAGGAAAUGCAUGCAUUUUUAACAGUUUAUACACCCAGGUAUCGACACUUCUUUCCAGAUGAAAACUAUACAUUUUCCUCAACAGUAAAAGCAUGAGGUUUCGCAAUUUCCUUCCUUGGUAUAAACUAUUAUGUUAAGUUAUUGUAUAUAAAUUGCGAAACCUCGUCUGUCUGUUCGUUAUAUUCCUGAAUGCAUGCCUAACGUCUUUUCAUUGCUGAAAACUAACACUUUUUUAUAUAUUUCAGAGAUAUUCACCACCGUGUACGAAGGCAGAACGUUUUCUUGGCUUUUCCUCAUUUAUUUCCGUUGUUAUGAAAUCUAGUAUUCAUAUUGAAGUUAAACUAAUGUUGGCAAGUAGAGAAUAACUGUAGAAGUUGGAAAAACUGUUCUAGCAAUAACGUCAUUAUGCGUUUAUAACUUAAAACAAUGGUGUGAUAUUUAAAUAUUUGUAAUUAUUUUUGUUCGAUCGUCUUAGAUUAGGGAUUAUUAUCGUUGGUGGUGAGUAAGAAUUAUUGAAAGUUUUGUUGUUUUUAAACCUCUAAGUUUGCACAUUUACAAUCGAUGCAAUAUUAAUUCUUACUCUCCUCGGUUACUUAUGUACUAAUGUACAGAUUUAUAGCAUUUUAUAUCUAAGGAAUAUUUUUAGUUGAGCGUGUUGGUGACCUCUAACGUUGUUUCUCUUUGAAAAAGUCGUUUAUAUUUCUAUUAAUAUUUCCUUAAAGAAAUCGUGUUCUACUACUGUAAAAAAUGUUUGAAUCGGACGUUCUACUGUUAGAUUCAUGCGGCGUUUCUCGGUCCAUCAUUUUUUUCUUGAAUUUAGCGAAAAUGCUGGGUCAAGAAAACGCAUAUUAGCAAACCAUACAAUUGCACAAUCAGUAGCUUUUUGAGGCCUAAAGGGUUAAACUUUUACAAUUUCCAACAGUACCUGCAAAAAAGUAGUAAAUUAGGGAUGCGUAAACUCUAAAAAAUCAAAUAGGAUGUAGAGUAGAAGGAAGACGAAUUAGGGCUGUUGGUAAAAUGAAUUGACAAAAAUAGGCUAUUUUUACAUGCGAACAGGCCCAUGAUCAGUUUGCUCUUUUGCGAGUUUCAACAAAUUGCUUUCUGUUUUCAGUAGAUUGACAAUUAAAUAUGGUAGUCCAUCUAGGCAAUUUAAAUGCUGAAUUCAAUACAUUUUUAAAACCACUAAUUCCCCGACGUUGAUCAUAACAGCGUCAUGUUUCUUUCUCCUGCUGUCUUCCUCAAAUGAAAAAAUCCAUACGUUCUAAUAUUGAUUUUAUGAUAAUUUGACGAUUUUAUUAGGCUUUCAAAGAUCUCUAAGGUAAGAAUAUCAAAGUCUUUCGUCAUUAUGUAAGGUCUGCAAAAUAUUAAAGUAGACUGCACUACCUAGAUGUCAAGCAAUUAGCAAUACCGACUACAAAUAAUUUCGCUUUGCGUUUUCGCAAUUGUUUGGUCAUUGACUUGCAAACUAAAUUCAGUUGAAAACAACGAAAACAGCACAUCCUUAAGUAUACAAAAUACAAAAUGCUCCUUCUAAGUAGCUUUUUUAUUACGAAUUCGGAUCACUAGAGUUUCUUUUGUGGUGGAAGUCGAGGACAGUAUUUUGCUAGGAAAUCCUUGCAAAGUAUUGGUAUACUUGAGGCAUGUAAAGCGGUUUUUUUGUCACAUUUUAGCAUUGUUCUGGUUCAACUGAGUUUCAGGUCAAUCAGACUUAAGAGGAAUUGGUAGGUCUGCAGGAUGUAGUCAAAUUGCCUUUAUAGGUGGAGUUUUCAAAGUUGUGAUGGCUAUAAUUAAGGUAGCGAAAGAUGAAGAAUGAAUAUUAAAUGUGUUGAAAAAGCACUGGCUUAAGCGGUUAUCGAUUUUUUGACUAAAAAUCGCUCUAUUCAGUUUAUUCGCAUUUUCUUAGUUUGUUGUGAGCAAUCGAUUUUGAAACAGAUUACUAUUGGCUUACUAAGUUGAAGCGAAAACGCUCUUGUGCCGUCUGUCUGUAAAUCGUUCUGGUGCAAAUCUGUUCUGCAGUCAAAGAAUAAUUUUUGAAUCUGAUGUAGGAAAGGACAAAGGAAAUUGUAAAAUUGCCAAAUUUGAAAAGGAGACAAAAAGUUUCGCAAGACAAACUGAGAAUCAACAUAAUCCUGAUCAUAUUUACGUUUUAAAGUGAGCGAAAAUAAUGAGGAAAACUGGCUUUGGUUAGACUUCAAACGAUAACCACCACACUUUUUUAAGCGAUGUUUUUUCAUAUCGGGUAAAAGCCGAUUUUUUUGAAAAAUGUGAAGUUUUUUGAAAUGGCUUGAAUUUUACGUCUUCACAAGGAAGUGAGGAAUAUAAAGCUUUAUUGAGAAACACUCUAGAAGCUUCAAAUUCGAAAUAAUUGACAUUUUUGUUCAAUUUUAAGCGAUUUUUGUUCGGUUACAUUUUUGACCUCUAGCAGCAUCCAUACCAUACGCAUACUGAGGAGUUUCUGAGGACAGAAAAAAUGCUUUUAGCUCAAAAAACGCUCAUGUAAAAUUCUGAUUUUUGAUCAAAAUAUUAAGAAGUCGAUCGAAAAAAGGUAUAGAGGUCGAUUUUUUUGAAAAAUAUCAAGAAAAAGUUGUGCCUUCCUCAAAACUCUUUUUAUGCAAAUUAAGCCUUAAAACUUUUAAUAAAUCGCAAAUAUGAAUUUUCCAAGCCUUCCUGAAUUCUAGGAAAAAAUCCAUUGAUUUUUAAAUUGAGCUGAAUAAUAACAAAAAUAAAAUUACAUUCAUACAAAUUAUUAUUUCAAUCCUUAGUCUGUGGGUCAAUACUCAAUUUUCAACUGUGGGUCAAUUUUAAAUAUCUGUUCAUUGUGCCUAAUUCUUUUUUAUUCAAUAAUUCGAUAACUUGUGAAAAGCUUGUGUAAAUAUUCUCUUACUCCUUAAUACAAUGGUAGAAAAUUCUUGGAGAGCUUUAAAAUUAAGUCAGUUGUUAUUCAAGCUCCAAAAUGAGGUGAUUAAAAGAGAUGUUAAACAUGCAAAAUUUUAGCUAUUGCCAUUACAUAAAUUGUCCCCUAAUUUAUUGCUACUUUGAAACGUACACUUUCGAUCUUGCGAGGCAAUUUAGCGACAUCCUGUACAUCUAAUUUCGUUGUUUUUCAGCAAUUUCUAUAUGUUUGUGUUGCGCGUUUUCAACAUUAUACUAGUAGUUUAUUAGAUUUAUAAAAAUAAAUCAACAUAAGUGUCAAUUGGUCAAGUAAUUUUUGUAAAUGAAUUCUUGCAUCUACAUUUCGAUGCAAAAGUGAGAUUUAAUGUAGUUAAAACUUUUCAUAAAUAAAGGUAAAACUUGAUAUUAUAGUUAUAUAGUCAUAAAUUCAAAUGUUUAGAUUAGAACAUUGGAAAUAAAUCUAAAUAAGUAUGUGGUGUUCAGAAGUUAAUAUCGUUAAACGCCAGCUUUGUAAUCCACUUAUCGGGAGUUCUUCAGUUGCCGGAUUAUCACGCCGAAUAAUUUCACUUUGCUGAUACCAAAAACGAUUGUUAAAUAGUUAGAACCUCAGCAAUUCAAUAAACAUCAUUAAAAUAGCUUUAGUGUAAUUCUUAUCACUGUACAAAAAAAAAUAGCAAUACACAAUUAAUUUUAACUCCUUGUCAUAGGAUUAUUCUUAAUAGUAAGUAAUAAUUUUGUAUCAUGUAGGUUUUUAGGUAGUUUUUUCAAAUUCUGAUCAGCAACCUUCAGUCCUUUUAUCAGUCAGUUAGGUAGGCGAUAUAUUAAAAUGAUUUUAUGCAUGAUACUUUUCAAUAUUGUUGGAUUUUACGUUAUAUAAUUGAUAUUUUUAAUAUAAUCGGUUGUUGUUUGUUAGAAAAAGUUACAUUCUUUGAAGAAUUAGUUAAUAAAAUUUCUAUUUUUAAUCGGCAAAAUAUGAGACUGUUUUAGAUGAACUUAUUUAUUUUCCGGUAAAUUAUUUAAUUGGGUUAAAAAUGGGCUCUUCAUUAUCCUUGGCCUUUGUCAUACCAAUGAUCAAAAAAUCCUUUUGAGCAAAGUACCGUUGCUUAUAAUUCGCUAGUGAGAAAAGUCGUUUUAAGGUCCAAAAAACGCCUUUCAUUACAUUCUAUUUAGGAAUUUUCUGAUAGUUUUUUUCUUAAGUGCGCUCUUUUUGAGCUUAGUUUCUGUUUGUUUUCUUCAAGUUUAAGCAUUUUCAACUCUGUUUCUUAAAACGGUUUUAGACAACCAUUCAACACUAAGAACAAUGGAACUUUCGUCAUCAGAGCCUCCAAAAGUUUCUCUAGUAAUUAGGUAGAGAUCUGGAGAUGUGCUAAUUUCAGGCACCCUCAGAACCCGAUCGGGUUUAGAAUGAAAAUAACACUCCCCAAACCUAUUUAUUUUAUUUAAAUGUAUAGGCAAAAUGCAUUAUAGCUUUCGGGAGUGUUAGCGUUCGGGAGUUUGUCUCAGAUUAGCACAUUUCUAAAUCUAUAUCUACGGACAUUUACACGAAGCUUCUGAAUGCACUUUUAUAAUUCUCUAACAUCCUGCUCCACGUAAAGCAGGGAAAUCUGAAAAUAUGUUGCCACUAUGGAUUGUUUGGGUCGAUUAUAAACGCUAUUUUCGAUAAGAAAAAAUGCAAUGAAGGUGAGAACGUUGUUUAAUAAUCGAAAAUAGACUUUUAACACCAGCUGUUAUUUUUGACUUUGUUAGUCGAGACCAGUGGCGAUUGAUUCUUUAUAGUUAAAGUUGGAAAAUUUGUUUUCCUUGCUCUAGAGUGUACAAUUUUUUUGUACAUUUUUCAAAACAAAUACAUUAUUCUUGUACAUUUGAGGGAGUAUUUCAGAGCAAACUAGAAUGAAUUAAUCUAGCGUUAGCGUGAUCGUCGCUAUCACCCUCGCAAAAAGUGAGUUUAGUUGAAUUUUUUAAGAAAAGGGGAUUUUAGAAGGAAAACAGUCCCAUUAUCAACAUAUCGCUAUACAAUUUAUGAACAGAUAGUUUAAAGAAUUAAAAAAACAACGCUUGUGUUGAAGGUGUUGAACCCUCACUCGUGUGUUGUGACCCGUUAGAUUUAGUAUCUCUAGCACUACUGUGUUCGUCUGCUCCUUGUAAUUAAUGUUUGUUAUAACUAAUUCCAUGUUGCACUUUCCUACUUGAAAUUCGUGCUUUUGAUGAGCUUACGGCAAAUUUAACGAAACUUAUUGCUUAUGAAUAUUCAUCUGGUCUGACUUUGGACUAGAGCUUUCAGCAAAGAGCUUCGAAUCAUACAUUUUCGUACAGUAAUCGAGAACAUUUUUCUGGAACAACAUUAAAGGCACGAAUGGACUCCUGGGCCGCUCGAUGAUGCUUGAAACUCAAUCACCAAACGCGAGUUGUAAAAACUCUUGUAGAUAAACCACUCUUUAACCCGGAUCCUAUUUGGACUACAAGGAUUUUGACUGCCCCGCCUACCAUCUACAAGGAACAAUGUCGCUUCUUAAUGUAAAUUGGUAAUUAGACAAUAAUAAAUACCAAAUGUACCUAUUUAUUUUUUCUAUAGAGAUAUAGGUAUUUAAUCUUAUAUAGUGAUAGUGAUUGUGUUCUUAUUCGCUGAUUUCCAAGCGUCAUCCAGUGGGCCUGUACCUAUUGUAAAUUAAGAAAUAUUUAAUUUUAAACCUAUGAAUCCAUAUGCAUAAUGAAUUGGAAGAUUCAUUAUAAAUAUUUAUCUUCCAUU